CUGGUUGGCAUGUGAGAACCACGUGGAUGGGUGGCGAGGUUGCUUCUGGUUGCCAAAUGUUUUUGUAUUUCGCAUUUUACAGCCCAGUAAAUGGUAGUUUUUCAUAGUCGCAGGGCCAUUAGUUUAAGUCAAUAGUCUUCACUACAACCAGGCCACCCCAGAAGAUGAGCGUCGGCCAACUGGACAGCUGCUUCACCAACUUCACCGAGAUUCGUCCCCUCAUCCCAGACGACUAUGUGACCAAAGAAGACGAAAAAUGCUGGUUUACUACGGCACCUGCUUUCACAACGAUUAGAGUCAACACGUUGAAAUGUGGAAUCGACGAUAUUCUAGAGUUGCUGAAGGUUCAGUUCCCUGAGAACUUCGAUGAGAAAGUAGCCAAAAUGCCAGUAGUGUACCAGCAUGAGAUUAUCCGGGAUUGCAUUGUCGUCGGUAGCUGGAAAAAAGAAGAGAAAUCUGAUUGUCUCGAAGGUGUCGAUAAAGAAAUUAUCAUUGACGUCUCCUGUGGCAAUGCGGUACUGAGAGGUGCCGAUAUUUUUGCCCCUGGGGUAAUGGGAAUGCCAGCCGGCACACAGGUCGAUGACGCUGUCAACAUAUACGUCGAUCUUGCCGGUGUGUGCCGAAAGGGUUUCUCGAAGAAAUUCGAAGGGGAAAAAUUACUCAUCGGACACGGUCAGGUUCUCAUGGAUCGCCCACAGCUCUUUGAUAACAACAACAAAGCCGAAGGAGUGGCAGUCAGGGUCAACCAUAGGAUAAGCUAUGUGCCAUCGAUAAAAAUACCGCAAGAUGCAGGCGUCCUGCAGAACCUUCCAUCGAUCCUUUCCUCACAUGUGCUCAAUCCGACAUUUGAACACCUUGUUUUGGAUAUGUGUGCAGCACCAGGCAAUAAAACCUGCCACUUGGCCACCCUUAUGAGAAACAAGGGCAAAUUAAUCGCAUUGGAUAAAAUCGCAAGCAAGGUGGCAAAAAUGAAAGCAACCUGUGAGCUCCUCGGAACGACCAAUGUCACUUCCUUCGUGUGGGACUCGACUAAGGCUGUGAGCCUGGACAAGACAGAAAAUGAUUUUACGCCGCCUUUUCCACCAGAGACGUUUGACAGGAUUUUGCUUGAUGCCCCUUGCAGUGCACUCGGAAAGCGGCCACGACUACGUAACACUGUGAAGCGAAGCCACGUUGAGUCUUUCCCCCCACUUCAGAAGGGUUUAUUUACUGAGGCUGUGCAGCUGUUAAAACCUGGAGGUUUCCUCGUGUAUAGCACGUGUACAAUUACUGUAGAAGAAAAUGAGGCCAUGGUUGUCUGGGCUUUGCAGAAAUUCCCCAAACUAAGGCUUAUCCGUUCGAGCCCCAUGCUCGGAAUGCCAGGCCUCCCAGAUUGCGGUCUGAACGAGCAAGAACGAUACUACGUCCAGCGCUUCGGGAACAGUCGAGAACCCGUCCCAGAAGAUGACACCAUCGGUUUCUUUAUAGCAAAAUUCACCAAACUGGAAGACAAUGUUAAAUAAUAAAAUGUUUUAUCUAUUGUGA